UUUUCAAUGUAGACAGCCUCGCGUGCAGCUUUAGGCUGAUUCACUCCACCGGCCUCAUGCUAGCGCGCUAGUCACGCCUGUGUAUUUAGAGUUGGGCGGUAGGCCGCCUUUAAAGGGAAACUGAUCCCAAAUCUGAUGUUGUGGGAUAUUCCGUAUUUUAAACCAGUGGGUAAAGUAGAGGCGAUUUUGAAAAUGGAACUCGGUGAAGCGACAUGUUAGUGUGUGACGUAAACAAUCUGUGUUCUAAGCAAAUGACGUAACGUAAUGAAAUGAAACUGCCUGCUAACUAAUGCUAGUGAACUUAGCCGGGGCAACUUCUGAAAAAUAAAAAGGGGCAAAUCUUUCUUUGCCACCGCGUAAGAAACCAAAGAUGGCUGCCGAAUGGACUGAGACCUGUUGGGUGUCGUAGAGAAGGGACUGUGUCUUUUUGAUAUGUGUAUACUUUUAUGAGUUGAUUUUAUGCGGAAAUACAAUUUCAAAGCAGCGGAGUAUCGAGGAAAUGGAAAGAAGACUAGAAGAAAAGCUUCGAAUUAGUCAGAAAGAAAGACUUUCAAGUGGCAGUCCGAGCCGUUCUCCAAUGAGGACAGCGAUCGUAAUCCAGGACGACUCCCUCCCCGCGGCACCCCCACCUCAGAUUCGUAUUUUAAAGCGACCCUCCAGUAAUGGAUCUUUAGGAUCGUCUGUGACGCAGACUCGACCCUCCCCACAAGUAAAGUCCUUAGCUCAGCGAGAGGCAGAAUACGCAGAGGCCAGGAAGAGAAUCCUUGGCAGUGCUACUCCUGAUGACACACCACAGGAGAGACCCAAUUCAGACCGAUCCCCACGUGGAAGCAGCCAUACACUUUCAGAGGAAAACAGAACAGGAAACCAUGUGGUUCGACAGCCAGCAGGUCCAGAUGGUACACAAGGUUUCCACCACCAGCGCAGAUAGGAAUAGCCGCCUUUCCUGGGAGAACGGGAGAGGUGAUAGUGCGUCUCCCAGAACACUGUUGAAAUUCAGAUCAUUUUUAUCAAUAUUUAGGAUGUGGGAUAUUUUUCAAAUAAGUAUAAUACCCUUUUGAAUCCAGCACGGCAUGUGUGGAAUAUAACAGGGGAAAGAGACAUGAUCUCGAGGAGCGGAUGGGGAACGUUCCUCGCUUUUACACUGUGAUGAGGACCUCGCUUCCGGACACUGCUCACUGUGAUGUCCAGCCCCCAGCCCUCAAAAUCAAAAUAGAGAGAAAAGAAACCAAACUGCAGAACUAUUGUCCCUUCCUCACGUAACUCAGCCGUCACUGGCAGCCAGCCUGUCCCGUCAAGCCCUCUGAAGAGACAUUUGAAACAGAAGAUAACUAGCGCUGGACGUGCUAGAACCGAUAAAAGGAUGGUAUGAGGCACCAGCUUCCUUCAGCAAUAAUUCUAGAAAUAUCACUAAUUAUUCAGAGCUCCCUUCCACACUUUUCUCUAAAGCCUUUGUAUUGCUUGUAUUUGUCUUUUGUUUUAAUUUUGGUUGUUACUGGCUCAGUCUGCUAAUCGCCAUAUGUUUUUAAAUGGGAAAGAAGCAGUGAGGGUAUGUUUGUGGAAACUCAAGCUGACUUUAAGUUCUUUAUUGUUUACGGUUAUCGCUCGCUCUCUUUUUUCUUAAUGUUGUUUUACUCAUAGUUCUUCCUCUGACUGUCCUGACUUCAACAUAAAGUAAAAAGAAUAAAAACAAGAACUAGUAGAGAAUUAAA